AUGCUGGUGGGGGUGCGUGAGUACCGGCGGGAGGAGAUGCAGCGCAUUUGCGGGCUGCCGGGCGAGGCGCUUGCCUCACACUACACGCUCCUCCGUGGCCGGAACGAGGCGACCCUGACGGAUGUAACGGACACGCGGGCGCGAAAAGUCAUUCAUUUUGACUACUACGCGACUGCAGCGCGGAGUCUGUUUGCAGAGGCCGUGGGGCCCAUCAUGCAUGCUGUGCUGCCGCCCGUUUCGUCACCGCAAGUUGUCGUCGUCGUCGACGGGACGGAGAUAACACGCUUCCACACUUUGCUCGACGAAGAAGAGGGUCUCUUGGCACAGUGCUGGAGUCUGAUGAUGACAGAAGAAGACUUCGAGCACGUGCUCGACACGAUCUACGUCGCUAUGGUCGAGUUGGACGACAACAACCACCUGCGGGACAUUGCGGAGGCGGCGGCUGUGGGAGAGCCGACCAUAAUUGAGGAUGCCGACGAUCAUUUUACGUCUGUUGAGGAUGUGUCGUACACAGCCCUCAGGGGUGAGCCGGAUCUGCGGGCGUUGCUGCAGCACGCGCAACGUGCCACGUCAGCUGGGCGGCACCAGAUAUUCAGCUUCAUCCUUGUUUACAAGGCGGCGACGGGGCUUCCGAACUCCACCAUCCAGUUCGUGUCGCUCGCGGUGUCUGAGCUGGCGCGGGGAAUGCGGUCGACACGGCACUGCAUUACGACAGCGGCGUCGCUCAUUGAGAGCCGUUCGCCCUCGAUCACUUUUGCAGGGACGAAGCUGUCGUAUCUGCUGAAGCCGGCGCUCCUUGGCAAACAACCGGGAUUGUGGAUUUCGUGCUUUGCGCCGACAAGCCCGUCGAAUGUGAAACAACGGGAGACGUUUAAGGAGUCCUUCUGCAUCGCGUACACGUCGUGUCGUGUGUAUGGUUCGCGUGUUGCUGUGGACAUUAGCGAUGCCUCUCAACUUGCCAACGGGUCAGAGCGGCGACACCUCUUCAAUAGCAGUGACGAAUGCGUGGAGAUGCACCCGCGCACCGAUGUCCCGCAGCCGAGCGCUUCUGCCUUGUUGAGAAAACCGAAGCGGCACGCAACGCAUGGCACGCCCUUACCCUCAUCUACGUCGCCCAUCGCCGCUGUCAAAACUAACGCAUCACGGCGGCGCACAAAUGGACCCAGUUGUGGGGAAGCUUCAGCUCUCUCUCCCUUGGCCACGGCGAGAGACACAAUGGCUGGUCUCCUCAUCACUCCCUCUGGCCGUAGGACGGACUACAUUGACGACAGGUCACGCACGGAGAGUCGUGCACGUGACUCGAGCACUGCGCGACGGCAGUCAAGCCGCCCCCUGUACAGCCGGUGCAGCUCGCUGGAGAAGCAUCCGUACAACUGCAGUGCUCGUUAUGAGUUAGAGACGUACAAACGGGUUAUGGAGCCCGCGAUGGAUCAACUGCGUCGAGAUAUCCAACACUAUGCGACGCAGCUCGAAGAGGCUAGGCGCCAGAUCCGGCGCGCUAAACGGGGGAAGAGUGCCGAGAUAGAGACUGAGCAGUUGCGGGCCAGUCUCGCCGGAGCCAUACAACAGCGUGAGUCGUUGGAAGAAGAUUUUGUUAGGCGAGAAAAGGACCUCCACGCAGAGGUGAGAAGGCUUCAGGAUUGGUGCAAUGACCUCACACGUGAGUUGCAGCUUCGUGCGGCAACUACUGUCCAAAAGAAUGAAGAGGGGCAGAAGCAGCAGCGGCAGCGGCAGAGCGUUGCUGUUCAGACACCUGGGUCGUUUCUCCCAGUGCCACCGAACCCACCGCCCACAGCGGAGGACCUGGUAGCGUCCCACGCGCGUCCAGAGCAGCUGCAAUCGCGGACAGAGUCGGCGGACGUACAUCGUGCUUCUCAGUGGAUAGAGGUUAUCGACUACCACCAGCAGGAGCUGGAGGGGCACGCGGAGCGUGAGCGUGCUUACCGUGAUCGCAUCAUGCGGUUAGAAGAGGUCCUCAGUGAACGUGACGCUGAGAUCACGCAGGCGAGGACGGAGCUUGCACGGCGUGAGCAGGAACUCUCACUAGAGACGGUGAAGAACCAGCAGAAGGAGCACGAGCGAGAACUGGAGCGGGGCUUCACUGAGGUAAUGGAGCGCCUUCGUGUGGAAGUGAAGGAGGCUCAAAUGGCAAACGCCAAAUCGGAACACCGUCUCGAGACGUGUCUUAACGACUUGCAACAGGAGCGAAAGCGGCGUGAGGCCACCGAGGCGGAGCUUCAUAUUCUCCAAACGACAUAUUCCCAACGCAUGAAUGGCGACGCAGCGAAGGAGAUGGUGCAACUUUUGAAGGAAAGCUAUGAACGCCAAUAUCACCAGCUACAACGAGAGGUGGAGGAGCUGCGAUCCCAGAAAUCGCAACAAGCUGCCUCGAAGGAAGCGACUCCUGUAGGCAACGCCUCGAGUGCCUCGACGCCAAGACACAACUCACGUGGACGCCAUUCUGCCGGCAUGCUCUCUCCAGCUGUCGAGACACGGGAAGACGUCGUUGUCCCUGUACGCUUUCCGCUGCAGAUCGAUGAUCCCAGCCCCAGCGACAAGACAUCCACACAGCUGCAGGUGGUUGCGGCGGUGGGCGAUGCGCAGCGAUUCGAGGACUUUAUGAAGGAGGAGCCAUCAUACACCUUUCGCAUACCAAAGGCACUAGAGCGGAUUCGUUCUUGA